AUGGAGACUGGCAAGGACGUCGUAGUCCUAAAUUCCGAGUUGCUCGUUGUAGUGUUCAACAUCCUCGAUUCGCUCGAGACCGAUACGCUGACAGAUGAGUCUUACGCGAAGCUGGGUGCGCUGUUUCCCGAAACGCUGGUUGUUGCUGCUCUCGACUUGGUAGACAGAGGGAACGUGUUAAAAUUGAUAUUUCCAUGGAAUAAAAACAAGACGGAAUACCAAGUUCUUGGGACUACAGCAACAUACCUAGUACACCUCGACCUUCCAGCAGAGAUCCCUUUCUACUGUUCCUGCCCCGCGUUCUCGUAUUCAGUGCUCUCAACCGGCACGCAUAUUAUGUGCAAACACCUUCUUGCCACCCUCAUCGCGCGCCAUCUCGACGCAUGCGUCGAGAGACCCAUCACAGCAGACGAACUAGUCGAAUCUCUCACCAAAGAGUUCCAAUAG